GGGUUACGUUUUCGUUUCUCUUUGGUUUUGUGACUCUGUGGUUUCAACCGUUGGCGAUGGAAUUUGAAUGAAUUUCGAAUGUUGUAAUCAGAGUUGUAAGAUUGUAAAAUGUUUAUGAAUGAUGUUCAUAAAAAAGAGGAAAUAAGGAAUUUAGCGGUGAAACAUCUUCGUAAAUAUGGAAUCAAACACAGAGCAAAAUCUUGUAGGCAAUCGGUGCAGGUUGUUAAAUCCAAGAAGCUAUUCAACGUGCCAUUAGCAAACUUAGAGAAUGAGACUGUAACUCUUAAAAAUGGGCAACAAUUAGUUGUGCCUAAAAGACUGUAUGAAAUGUGUUCCUAUAUUCUGAGUAAAGUAGAUACUGAAGGGCUUUUUCGCAAGGAAGGGUCAAGAUCCAGACAGAAUAUAAUAAAGUUGUCUUUGGACCGAGGCUGUAUGCUUGGAUACGAACAUCAUGUCAUAGAUGUGGCAGUCAUUCUUAAGUGUUUCCUGAGGGAAUUACCGGAACCUCUUAUACCAUAUUCCUUUCAUGAGCUAUUUCUGAGAUGCUCUUUGAUUGAGAACAAAGUGGAAGCAAUUCUAUUAGCUAGUCUGCUUAUUCCGAUGGAGCACUUGAAUGUUCUCUCUUAUUUGAUGCAGUUUUUCAGCGAGGUAGCAAGUCACUCAAAGCACAACAAAAUGAAUUCCUUCAACAUCUCAAUUCUAGUUGGGCCAAACGUAUUCCCUGUUAAUGAAAAAGUAGCUCCUAAAAAUAAACUGAUGGUCAAAAAAACUUGUGAUAUCGUAAAGUUGAUGAUAGACAACUCCAACAAUAUUGGAGUCAUACCGGAUUUUAUUCUUGAGCAAAUAGGAAAUCUCAGAGUGGGAGAACUGGAUAUUCCAGAUAAGGUCAAGAGAAGAAGUGGAUCAUUAACGAGAAUUUUUAAUGGCUUGAAAAAAAUUGUUGGAAAUCGAACAGACGAACAUACUGUAGAUAGUAAGUGA